AUGGCUUCCGAUAAUUCUAUGCAUACUUCGGAGAAUAGUGAUGAUACUCCUGACGAUUCCGACAAGAUCACAGUCUUGAAGAAGGAACAUAAUGCCCUAGUAAAGAACCUGCGACGCAAUCUUUACAAAGGUGGUAUUGCGGAGGAGACCUUGAAUAUCUUGAUUAAGGGCGAGACGCUGGCUGAUGAAAACGGUGGUUGUGAGAAUGGAACCUCGACUAUUCCUGCGACACAUGAAGAUCAUGACAACAGCACCGCCUUCAUGACACAAGUUCCUUCUCCGUCUACUCAAGACGCCAAUGGCCACCAAGCUUAUACAUAUGGCACACCACGGAAUAGCGGCACACUUUUUCCACGUCGUUCUCAGGACUACAAAGGCUUCCAGACUCGUAACUUACAGUAUCAACAGUCCCCGAACCAUUUGCAUACGGAUGCUUAUGACGAUCAUUUUAGUAGUCCAGAUGGGAUCGAUACCUUCGAUUUUGAGACUGGAAAUAGUUUGCAGACCAGGUUUCAACGUCCAACUUAUGAAAAGUUUGCCCAGCGUACCGUACUAUUGUUCAAUCUGCCGGAUGGUACCACAUAUGCAGACAUUUGUGAUGCUGUUAGGGGAGGCAUGCUGUUGGAUAUAUACCUUCGCACUCAUGAUCAUGCUGCAAGUGUAUCUUUCCUUGAGCAAGCCCAUGCAAAUGAGUUCCUUCGUCAUGUAAAGCGCAAUGACUUGUAUAUUCGUUCAAAAAGAGUCGAUAUUCGAUGGAACGACAGGCAAUUCAUUUUACCUAAUCAUAUCGCGAAUAAAGUAGGCAUUGGAGCUACUAGAAACCUCGUCAUUCAUAAUCGCAACCCUAAGCAUACCGAGGAAGUUAUUCGGGAUGAUCUCGAACAUAUCCAUAAUCUCGUCGUAAUUAAGGUUGCUUUUAAUGGUUCCAAGGCUUUUAUCUCGACAAAUUCUGUUCACAAUGCAAUGUUUGCUCGCACUUGCAUGAUGAGUCGUGGCGCUUAUAAAGGUUCAAAGAUUGAAUGGGAUAAUGAUGAAUGCGCAGCCCCGCUGGCGAGACGUCCAACUUCCCAAUCCGACAAUCCUCCUCAAGGCAAGAAGAAGGCCCCUUUGGUAAAUCGGUUUCAGCUUCUUAAUAUUGAUAGGGAGGAUGGAUCGGAGUCAGAUAUUGAAGGUAUGGGCGUUUCGGUUAUGCAGACGACUCCUCAAGCCGGACUUGUUACCUAA